AUGUUGGCCCAUAAAGCGGAAGAGGACGGAGUCGCGUGUGUGGAAUUUAUCGCGGGGUUACAUGGGCAUGUGGACUAUGAUAAGGUGCCAGGUGUCGUGUACACGCAUCCCGAGGUGGCUUCGGUUGGAAAGACUGAAGAGCAGGUGAAGGAGAUGGGGAUUCCAUACAGAGUGGGGAAGUUUCCGAUGUUGGGAAACAGUAGGGCGAAAACGAUUGAUGAUGCGGAAGGAGUUGUGAAAAUAAUAGCGGAAAAAGAGACGGAUAAGAUAUUAGGGGUUCAUAUUAUGUGCUCAAAUGCAGGGGAAUUGAUCCAUGAAGCUGCUUUAGCAUUAACUUAUGGUGCAUCAAGUGAGGAUAUUGCACGCACUUGUCACGCUCAUCCUACUUUGAGUGAGGCUGUUAAGGAGGCUGCAAUGGCCACUUAUGAUAAGGCCAUUCAUAUAUAA